AUGAAAAUGUCUCCUCAGGAAAACCAACCAACGAACACGACCAACAAUAACAGCACUGAUAGUAAUCAGUUAUCCAUGGACGAACAUGUGAUGCGUUCAAUGGAUUGGGACUCCAUCAUGAAGGAAUUGGAGCUCGAUGAUGAUUCUGCUCCUACUCCCUUGAAAACCGGUUUUACGACCUCCGAUUCCGCAAUCGGGCCACUCUACGCCGUCGAUUCCAAUCUCCCUGGCUUCCCCGAUCAGAUUCAACCGUCGGAUUUCGAGCCAUCCGAUGUUUACCCGGGUCAAAACCAGACUCCCGGGUACGGGUUCAGUUCUCUCGAUGGCGUCGACAAUGGAGGAUUCGAUUUCAUUGAGGAUCUCAUCCGAGUCGUGGAUUGUGUCGAGUCGGACGAGUUACAACUCGGUCACGUGAUUUUGUCACGGCUCAAUCAACGCCUGAGAUCUCCGGCGGGUAGACCGUUACAGCGAGCAGCGUUUUACUUCAAGGAAGCCCUCGGUUCGCUUUUAACCGGAUCAAACCGGAAUCCGUCCCGGUUAUCUUCAUGGUCCGAGAUUGUUCAGAAGAUCCGAGCGAUUAAGGAGUACUCCGGGAUUUCUCCGAUCCCUCUCUUUUCUCAUUUCACGGCGAACCAGGCCAUCCUCGAUUCCCUGAGCUCGCAGUCGUCCUCUCCGUUCGUCCACGUGGUGGAUUUCGAGAUUGGAUUCGGUGGUCAAUACGCAUCGCUCAUGAGGGAAAUCGCAGAGAAAUCUGCCGGCGGCGGGUUUCUGAGAGUUACGGCGGUUGUAGCGGAGGAGUGCGCCGUCGAGACGAGGCUAGUGAAAGAAAACCUAACUCAAUUCGCGGCGGAGAUGAAAAUUCGUUUCCAGAUUGACUUCGUCCUGAUGAAGACUUUCGAGAUGUUGUCUUUCAAGGCGAUUAGGUUCGUUGAUGGAGAGAGAACUGUCAUCCUGAUAUCCCCGGUGAUAUUCCGUCGCCUGAGUGGAAUCGCCGAUUUUGUGAACAAUUUACGGAGAGUAUCACCCAAGGUUGUCGUAUUCGUCGAUAGCGAAGGAUGGACGGAGAUCGCCGGAUCUGGAUCGUUCCGGCGGGAGUUUAUUAGCGCUCUUGAGUUCUACACGAUGGUGUUGGAGUCGCUCGACGCCGCCGCUCCUCCUGGAGAUCUGGUGAAAAAGAUUGUGGAGACGUUCGUUCUACGACCAAAAGUCGUCGCGGCGGUGGAAUCGGCGGCAGAUAGGAGAAACGUCAGCGAGAUGACUUGGCGGGAAGCGUUUUGCGCCGCCGGGAUGAGGCCGAUCCAGCUAAGCCAGUUCGCCGACUUUCAAGCUGAGUGUUUACUGGAAAAGGCACAGGUUAGAGGAUUCCACGUGGCAAAACGACAGGGAGAAUUAGUGCUGUGCUGGCACGGAAGAGCACUUGUUGCCACGUCAGCUUGGCGGUUUUAG